CGAGAAGUUUCGUGUUUUAGCAUCCCACUCAUUCGAUUCCCAUAUAUCUCCCCCUCUCGCAUUUGCUUCCGGAGCUAGCGGAUUCGGAAUGGCGGUGUCUCGGCGAUCGAUUCGGUCUCGGAGUUAGAGAAGCAGCGGCUGCGGUGGUGUCAUCAAUCCGUUACCAAUGGAUCGAGAGAGAGGGUCGACCUCCGACGACCGGCGGGUUAAUUGGAAGAGUUAUUACAAAAGCUUGUUUCUUUUGGCAUAUCAAAGUUUUGGUGUAGUGUAUGGUGACUUGAGUACAUCUCCUCUUUAUGUUUACAAAAGUGCAUUUUCUUGGAGGUUGUAUCAAUAUCAAGAUGAGCAGACAGUAUUUGGUCUGUUUUCAUUAAUAUUCUGGACAUUUACUCUGAUCCCAUUGCUGAAGUAUAUUAUCAUUGUCUUGAGUGCUGAUGAUAAUGGUGAAGGGGGCACAUUUGCUUUGUACUCUCUGCUAUGCAGACAUGCCAGAUUUAGCUUGCUUCCAAAUCAGCAAGCAGCCGAUGAGGAGCUCUCAACUUACUAUAGUAAUGGGACCCGAACUGUGAUUUCUUCUCCAUUGAAAACGUUUCUUGAGAAGCAUAAAAGGCUGAGAACUCUUUUGCUUCUUAUUGUGCUGUUUGGUGCCAGCAUGGUGAUUGGUGAUGGUGUCCUUACCCCAGCAAUUUCAGUUUUGUCAUCUAUUUCUGGGUUACAAGUUCGUGCCAAGAAAUUGCAUGAUGGUGAGGUGGUAAUUGUUGCUUGCAUUGUGCUCAUUGGCCUUUUUGCUUUACAACACAGGGGUACACAAAGAGUAGCCUUCUUGUUUGCACCUAUUGUUAUUGUUUGGCUUUUGUGCAUUGGUAUAAUUGGUUUGUACAAUAUCAUUCACUGGAACCCCAAAAUAUAUUAUGCUCUGUCUCCACACUACAUUGUUACGUUCUUCAAGCAGACAGGGAAAGAUGGUUGGAUUUCUUUAGGUGGUGUACUCCUUUGUAUCACAGGUACUGAAGCUAUGUUUGCAGAUCUUGGUCACUUCACUCAAGCAUCCAUUAGGGUAGCAUUUGUCGGUGUCAUAUACCCAUGUUUAGUACUACAGUACAUGGGGCAAGCUGCAUUUAUUUCUAAAAACUUCUCUUCCUUACCGACCAGCUUUUAUGAAUCUAUACCAGAACCUGUUUUUUGGCCUGUUUUUGUGGUGGCCACUCUUGCCGCUGUAGUUGCUAGUCAAGCUGUGAUCUCAGCAACAUUCUCAAUUGUCAAGCAAUGUCAUGCUUUGGGUUGUUUUCCUCGUGUCAAGGUUGUCCAUACAUCUAGGUGGAUCUAUGGUCAGAUAUACAUACCUGAAAUCAACUGGAUCCUUAUGCUCCUUUGUCUUGCUGUGACACUUGGUUUCCGUGACACUACUCUUAUUGGAAAUGCCUAUGGUAUAGCAUGUAUGACAGUGAUGUUUGUGACAACAUGGAUGAUGGCUCUUAUCAUCGUCUUUGUAUGGCAAAAGAGUACCAUCUUUGCGUGUUUGUUUCUUCUGUUUUUUGGAUUUAUCGAGGCUGUCUAUCUCUCCUCUUCAAUCAUUAAAGUUCCCCAGGGAGGGUGGGCACCUCUCGUGCUCUCCUUUAUCUUCAUGAUUAUCAUGUAUGUCUGGCACUAUGGCACCAGGAGGAAAUAUCUCUUUGACUUACAAAACAAGGUCUCAAUGAAAUGGAUACUCACGCUUGGCCCCAGCCUUGGAAUAGUUCGCGUGCCUGGAAUUGGACUCAUUUACACAGAGCUGGUUACUGGAGUACCAGCUAUCUUCUCCCAUUUCGUAACCAACCUCCCUGCUUUCCAUCAAGUUCUCGUCUUUGUUUGCGUGAAGUCGGUUCCAGUCCCAUAUGUUCCCCCAGAUGAACGAUACCUUAUUGGCCGUAUUGGUCCUAGAGCUUAUAGAAUGUACAGGUGCAUAGUUAGAUACGGUUAUAAAGAUGUUCAGAAGGACGAAGACAAUUUUGAGAACCUACUGGUAUUGAGCAUUGCCAAGUUCAUUCAUAUGGAAGCUGAGGAAACAUCCUCUGGGAGUUACGACGCAUCUCCUGACGGAAGAAUGGCUGUUAUUCAAACUUCUGAUACAUGUGGCACGACACUGGUGAUGAGGGAUGCUGAUCAGUAUGCAGGUGACUCUGCCAUGAUCAGGAGUAGCAAAUCAGAAACACUUCAAAGCUUGCAGUCAUUGUACGAGCAAGAGUUGCCAAGUACAAGCCGCCGCCGCCGGGUCCGUUUUGAGUUGCCUGAAGUAGAGUAUAUUGAUCCUCAGGUGAAGGAAGAGCUACUGGCAUUGGUGGAAGCCAAGGAAGCUGGAGUUGCUUAUAUCAUGGGACACUCAUAUAUAAAGGCAAGGAGGACAUCAUCUUUCUUGAAGAAGUUUGUCAUUGAUGUCGCCUACUCUUUCCUCCGAAAAAACUGCAGGGGCCCUGCGGUGGCUUUAAAUAUACCUCACAUCAGCCUUAUCGAAGUGGGUAUGAUCUACUAUGUGUAGUUAGUGCCUAUUGCCAAACAGGGUAAGCAUGAUUUUGAUGGUAGCAGUGGCCAUCGAACAUGAUAGGCACAACUAAGUUCAAUGGCAAGAGGAAGGUUAAAUUCUCGCUGCAACUUCAAUAGGUUUAGAUGUUGGUCUAAUUGCAUAAUUUCAACAAUGCUUGUACAUAUUUCUUAUGUCACAAACUUACGCUACUAUGAGCAGGGAACAGAAGUUGGUAGGGUCCAUAAUGUAGCUGCCAUUUUAUUGUGGCAUAUUUGUUUGUCUUGCAAUGUCACCAGCAAAUUGGAUAACUCAUGUUCUCUUAACUGCACUCUGAUGGUGAAUCAGAGAACCGUGAUGAAUGAUGGAUAUUGUAGAAAGCUUUCUUACUUCUUGUAAAAAUUGUCUAGUACAA